AUUCCAAUCAGCAUCCUGAAGAGGGCAUCAGAUACGUCUUUUCUGCAUUCUUUCUCAGUGAAGCCCAUCACUAUCGCUCUCCUCGGCGCUCAAACCGCGACUCAGCCGGCUACAGCAGCGGUUGUGUCAAAUGUCGGUGGAAUUAAAGAUUUGAACUCAGCUGCCCGGCGGGAGGUUGCGGCAUCGCCAGCAGUCUUGAAGCCGCUCCCUGCUAUUUCUCUUGACCCUGAUCUUCUCAAGGCUCCGGAAGACAGCAAUUUCCCUCCUGACCCAAUCGAAGGGGGCGUUAAGGCACUUAUCGACACUACCCUAAAGCGACCGGCCAUUCUUCUCGAGCAUCUAUCGGGCCUUGGCUCUAUCAAGUGCUCAGGCUCCGAUAUCGACCGAAACGACGGAAAGAUUGAUGAAGAGGCACUUACGAUCAAUCUGGGGGUUAGGGCGACUUCACUUGAAGAAGAAUUCAAGCCUCUGGCUAUCUCCGCCUCACCAUUCUCUAUCCCACGAAUUCUAGAUGUUGGUCCAACUGCCGGGUUUGGCCUCGGUAUUGAGUUCGGAGCAGAAGGCACUCUCAACGUGACUUCGGACGUCGCCGGCGGUAUGACGAAAGGCAAAGUCCAUCUCGACUUGCUCGACACAAAGAAGGCGACUACCAGCGGCUGGACCCCAAGUGUGAAGGUUGCUUCUGAAGUUGAUGCCCUCGUGACCCUUCAAAUCAACCCUUUCAUUGAAUUAAGCCUUGCUGUUGGCGUCAAGGCCUUUGACGGUCUUCUCGAUCUCUCAACUGGAGUUGAAAUUGAGCCCAAGGUCGUCAAUUUAGUUUCGGAUAAUGGAACCGUUGCGAUAGAAAGCGCCUCUGGAAUCAAGUUUGGCCCACCUCCUGAGGGGCAGUGCAAGAAUGCUGCCUGGUUUGCCAGCAGCUCUGAUCUCGAUAUCAACGCAUUUGUUUCCCUCUUGUUCAAGAAGACGAUCUACGAGUAUAAUGACCCUAUUAUAAGAACUAAGGAA